GGUCAAGGAAUUAUCCGUCAGUCGAAAAACAAGGAAAAAGUCGAGAAAUUUCCCGACUUUUGGACGCCUUCGGUCCCAUCCUCAGUGACCCCAGUUGAAGUUGGAAGUCGCAAAGCGCCAUGGAAGUGGGCCUCGAGCUCUACCACCACCGUUCCUGAUUUCUCUGCCAGAGGAACGUGACAACGGGACCCAUCGCGCAGCUGGGCAGCCUCAGAGAGUCAGAACCCAUUAGCUGUCUCCAUCCCCUUCUCCUUUGCCCUCCUCCUCCUCCUCCUCCUUCCGACUGCACUCUUCCCAUUCUUGCCACUGCUGAUCUCUUGGUUGGUUCCUUUUUGUAUUCUCGAUCUCUUUCCCUGACAAGGAGGGGGAUCCAAUGCUCUCCUCCUCCUCCUACUCUUUCUUCUUCUUUGGGCUGGUGCGACUGCUUUUCUUGUCGGGUCACUGUUUCGCAGCGGACCCUUUUGUGUUCUUGGACUGGAGGGUGUCGUACCUCACCGGCUCUCCCCUCGGAGUUAAGCAACAGGUUAUUGGUAUAAAUGGGCAAUUCCCAGGGCCAAUCUUAAACGUCACCACGAACUGGAACGUUGUAGUCAAUGUUAAGAAUGAUCUCGACGAGCCAUUGCUAAUUACAUGGAAUGGACUACAACACAGGAAGAAUUCUUGGCAAGAUGGCGUGUCUGGAACCAACUGCCCAAUUCCUGCAGGGUGGAACUGGACAUACCAGUUUCAGGUCAAAGACCAAAUUGGGAGUUUCUUCUAUUUCCCGACCCUGAACUUUCAGCGAGCUGCGGGUGGAUUUGGUGGCAUAAUUGUAAAUAACAGAGAUGUGAUUCCGCUGCCUUUUGGCUUGCCUGAUGGGGAUAUCACCAUAUUUAUUGGUGACUGGUACACAAAAAGUCUUAAGAAACUGAGGGAAGAAGUUGAGGAUGAAGGUGAGCUCGGGGCUCCUGAUGGCAUCUUAAUCAAUGGAUUGGGUCCUUAUAGGUAUGAUCAAGACCUUGUUCCGGAAGGGAUCCCUUUUGAAGUAAUAAAUGUCGAACCAGGAAAAACCUAUCGCCUUCGGGUCCAUAAUGUGGGCGUCUCAACCAGCCUAAAUUUCCGAAUCCAAAAUCACAACUUACUUCUAGUGGAGACUGAGGGAUCAUACACGAACCAGCAGCUUUACACAGACAUGGAUAUUCAUGUGGGCCAGUCGUACUCAUUCCUGAUGACGAUGGACCAGAAUGCUACCAGCGAUUACUACAUAGUGGCCUCUCCAAGGUUUUCUAAUGCCUCUUCUUGGCGGAAACCUGUUGGAGUUGCUGUUUUGCACUAUUCUAAUUCUAUGGGCCCCGCUUCUGGUCCUCUUCCCAAUCCUCCUAAUGAGAAUGAUGUGUUUACCUCGAUGAACCAAGCAAGAUCCAUAAGGUGGAAUGUCACAGCCAGUGGUGCCCGUCCCAAUCCACAGGGCUCUUUCAAGUACGGACAAAUCACAGUCACGGAUGUCUAUGUGAUCCUCAGUAGACCUCCCGAGCUUAUUGAUGGUAAGUUGCGGACUGCUCUUAACGGCAUUUCCUACUUCUCGCCCUCAACCCCCUUAAAGCUCGCUCAGCAGUUUAGCCUCCCGGGAGUUUACAAGCUGGACUUCCCAAACAAGAUAAUGAACCGGCCGCCGAAGCUCGACACUUCUCUAAUCAAUGGGACCUUCAAAGGGUUCAUGGAGAUCAUCUUCCAGAACAAUAAUACGGCUGUUCAUAGCUACCAUUUGGAUGGCUACGCUUUCUUUGUUGUGGGAAUGGACUUUGGACUUUGGACCGAAAACAGCAGAGGAACAUAUAACAAAUGGGACGGAGUUGCUAGAUCCACUGUACAGGUGUUUCCUGGAGCUUGGACGGCUAUUUUAGUUUCACUCGACAACUCGGGAAUCUGGAACCUUCGUGCUGAGAAUCUGGACGCAUGGUACCUGGGACAAGAACUGUACCUGAGCGUUAUUAAUCCCGAGAAAGACACAGACGAGAUGGCCAUGCCUGCUAAUACCAUAUAUUGUGGGGCACUCUCUCCUUUGCAGAAUGACCAAGCUCACAGAGUGAAUUUUUCGGGAGCAUCCUUGAUCUCCAUUGGAAGCAACAUAUUCUUGAUUAACUUACUCAUGGCGGUGCUUGCACUAUCUGCAAGUCGACAUAGCUAAACAAUCAGUGGGAAUAGUUGAGGAUCAAGAUACGAGCUGAAACAGAACUAAUCUUUGUCGAUGCUCAAAAGUGAAAAAUGGCGCAGGCCUGCCUGGGUGGGUCAUCAAGACACCUACCCACGAUGUGAAAUCUUGACGAGGGAAAGUACGGCGUUGCCCUUGACGUGGGAAAAGGUUGGACGAGGUUAACAUUCCUUCUUGUCACGUAACUCCCAGGCAUCCAUGAGAGGCAGCGAACAGGUACUUCUAUGUUUCUAGAGAAGAUGACAUCCGAUUGUGAGAGCGUAGAAUGGUACAUAGUGCCAGAUUUUGUAGGAUCCACUAAGUGUAAAUGUUAUGAGAUUGCAUUGCUUCGCUUUCCUUCGGUUUUUUGUAUCGUUCGAGGAACGGAAGAGAAACAAAACAUCUCCAAUCCUCGUCAUUAUUUCUCGUUCGUUAUCUGCCAUUAACGCAAGUCGUGAUAUUUUCUUCCACGAAA